GUUGUCGCAGAUGGCAAACUUUAGAAUGGCUCUCCAGAGAGAAAAGUCCGUUAGUUUAUAACUCGGAGGGAGAAGUCUGGACGUCCAUGUCUUCUCCGCGGUUUCCCACGAACUGACACGGAUUUCGGUUGCGAUGUCGAGAGAAAACACCUCUCGAAGUUUGGACAGCAUCGACCUCGCGGCUCUCAGAGAUCCAGCGGGGAUCUUUGAGCUGGUCGAAGUGGUUGGCAAUGGAACCUACGGUCAGGUCUAUAAGGGUCGUCAUGUCAAGACCGGUCAGCUGGCAGCCAUUAAAGUCAUGGAGGUUACGGAGGAAGAAGAGGAAGAAAUCAAGCUGGAGAUCAAUAUGUUAAAAAGUUAUUCCCACCAUAGAAACAUUGCUACUUAUUACGGAGCCUUCGUUAAAAAGAGUCCUGCAGGACAGGAUCACCAACUCUGGUUAGUAAUGGAGUACUGUGGAGCUGGAUCUGUGACUGAUCUGGUGAAGAAGACUAAGGGGAACUGUUUUAAGGAGGACUGGAUAGCGUACAUCUGCAGAGAGGUGCUCAGGGGUCUUUCCCAUCUCCACUCCCAUCAUGUGAUCCACAGAGACAUUAAGGGACAAAACGUUCUGCUCACAGAAAAUGCCGAAGUCAAACUGGUUGACUUUGGGGUUUCGGCUCAGCUGGAUAAAACUAUUGGCCGACGGAACACUUUCAUUGGCACUCCUUAUUGGAUGGCGCCAGAGGUCAUCGCCUGUGACGAGAACCCUGAAGCCACUUAUGACUACAGGAGUGACCUUUGGUCUUUGGGCAUCACCGCCUUGGAGAUGGCUGAAGGAGCUCCUCCUCUCUGCGACAUGCAUCCGAUGAGAGCGCUGUUCCUGAUUCCUCGAAACCCUCCACCUAAACUUAAAUCAAAGAAAUGGUCGAAGCGUUUCCUGUCAUUUGUCGACAGCUGCCUGGUGAAAAACCAUCUGCACAGACCCGCCACGGACGCCCUGCUGAGACACGCCUUCAUCAGAGACCUGCCGAAUGAGAGGCACGUCCGCAUCAUGCUCAAAGAUCACCUGGACAGAACCAGGAAGAAGCGAGACAAAGAGGGUCUAGAGUACGAGUACAGCGGCAGUGAGGAUGACGAUGAUGAGGUCACAGAGGAGGAAGGUGAACCAAGCUCUAUAGUGAAUGUUCCUGGGGAGUGGACGUUGAGACGGGAGUUUCUUCGUCUACAGACAGAUGAGAGGAGUAAAGAGGGAGGUCACAGAGGAGGUCAGCAAAGACAACAGCAGCACAGGCAGCAGCUAGCUGAGCAGGAACGAUACAAGCAGCAGUUUCUGGCUGAGAGACAGAGGAGGAUCCGACAGCAACAGGAGCAACGACAGAAGUUGGAGGAUCAGCAGCAGCGGCUGCAGCUGACGGAUGGUGCAUUUCAGUGGGCUGAGCUUCAGGAGGUCUUUGUGGGGGAGGAGCCUGAUCUCCACAACAGCAGGAUCCCUCUGGAUGAGAAGAACAGGAGAUGUGACAGAAGACAGGACCAGACUGGCAGACAGAGGAGCGCCGAUGGUUCUGUGAGGCCUCUGGACUCCACAGCAGACCAGAACGCCAUAGCGCCCAACCAGCUGCUUCAGCUUAAGACCCAGCAUUUCCAGCCACAAGCUAAGCUUCUGCCGCCGCCUCAGCAUCAGCAGCCCUCAGCGGGCCGGAGAUCCCACCGCACACUGCCCAAAGACCAAACCCAGCUCCUGUCACUGCAGCACGAUCACAGGCACAGGGACAAAGAGAGGCAGAAACCCAGAGAACCUUAUAUGGCAGCUGUCCACAAGCUAACAGCUAAUAGUGGGAACAAAGCUGCUGCUGCCGCCGCUGCUGCCGCCGCUGCACCCUCGCCCAGCAGACCUGCAAACAGACAGCACACAGCGAUGGAGCUGAAAGAGUCCAGUGUAGCCAGCAUACUGUUGGCUGCUAAUCUGCCCAGCCAGGUGCAUUCCAGGCUGGGCUCAGGAAGCAGCUCCAGUCCCUGUACCCCCGCCAUGCAGAGGGCUCACUUCAACCAGAAUGCUAAUCUUCGCUCCAGUCGGGACUCUCCUCAUAGCAGCUCCAUGUCAGAUAUGGUCAUCUCUCCUUUGUCCCCGUUUGCCCCAUUGUCCCCAACGGACAACGUCUUCUGGGACCCUGCUGAGGAGCCACCUAAAGUUCCAGAAAGAACCACCUCCAAGUUUUACUGUAAAGAACUGGUGAUGGCCCACAAGAGGACGGCUUCAAGUGGCAGUCCGGUGUCUGCGGCAGAUAAGAGCCGGGGGUCUGCGUCUCAAGGAGGCCCGCCUCUGAGCAGCAACCACCAAGGCGUGCUUAAACUGGAAAGUCCUCUGCCGCAGCACCGUGCACAGAGGAAGGCAGAAAACGCAGCCAGCAGACUCGCGGGAUUCAAACCUGUCUUGGGUCGCCUCAACAAGGCCGCAGAAUAUUCCUCUUCUAGUGAUGAUGUCAGCAGCGACGAUGAAGAAAGGAUCAGGUCGGGUCUUUCUAAUGGAAAAGGGAAAUACUUCAGAGGAAUAUCCGAUGGCAUCGACCUGCAACUCCACCGCAAUCUUAACCAGGUUUCUCGAUUGGGUUCAGAUGACACCUACCUGCUGCCGGACCUCCUGCAGAAAACCUCCUCCUCCAGUCCCACCCGCGAUGCUCUGAGCCAGCAGCGGACGCUUGACUUCAGCUACCCCAUGUCUCCCACAGCCCCCGGAUCCCCCAUAUUCCAAUAUCUACACGAUGUGAGCAGUCCGUCUGGAAAAAGCACAUCUUCCUCUUCCUCCUUCCUGUCCUUCAUCGACCCCCGAUUGAUCCCCACAUCAUCUCCUCCUCACAGUCCCACGGCUCUCAAGUCUGAGCCAAUCAAGAGGGAGAACCACAGGAAAGGCUCUGUGGUGAACGUGAACCCCACCAACAUUCGCCCGCAGAGCGACACCCCAGAGAUCCGCAAGUACAAGAAAAAAUUCAACGCCGAGGUUCUCUGCGCCGGAUUGUGGGGGGUGAAUCUCCUGGUGGGGACAGAAAAUGGGCUGUGGCUGCUGGACCGAAGCGGUCAGGGGAAGGUCUACUCUCUCAUCAGCAGACGGAGGUUUCAGCAGAUGGACGUGCUCGAAGGCCUCAAUGUCCUGAUCACCAUAUCAGGUAAAAAGAACAAGCUGCGCCUGUACUACCUGUCCUGGCUGAGGAACAAGAUCCUCCACAAUGAUCCAGAGGUGGAGAAGAGGCAGGGCUGGACCUCGGUCGGCGACUUGGAGGGCUGUGUGCACUAUAAAGUCGUGCGUUACGAGAAGAUUAAGUUCUUGGUGGUUGCUCUGAAGAAUGCAGUGGAAGUGUACGCCUGGGCUCCAAAGCCCUACCACAAAUUCAUGGCCUUCAAGUCCUUCAGGUCGCUGCCUCAAAAGCCGCUGUUCGUCGACCUGACCGUGGAGGAGGGACAGAGGCUGAAGGUCAUCUAUGGCUCUUCGUCGGGUUUCCACGCCAUCGAUGUUGACUCGGGAACGCCGUACGAUCUCUAUCUGCCAACUCACAUCCAGGGCUUAAUCCAUCCUCACGCCAUCAUCAUUCUGCCAAACAAAGCUGGAACCGAGGUUCUGGUUUGCUACGAAGACGAGGGCGUCUACAUCGACACGUACGGCCGCAUCACCAAGGAUACGGUGCUGCAGUGGGGGGAGAUGCCCGCCUCUGUCGCCUACCUUCAGUCCAACCAGGUGAUGGGAUGGGGGGAGAAGGCCAUCGAGCUGAGAUCGGCCAACACGGGGAACCUGGAGGGCGUCUUCAUGCACAAGAAAGCCCAGAAGCUCAAGUUCUUGUGUGAGAGGAAUGAUAAGGUGUUCUUUGCCUCCGUGCAGUCGGGCGGCAGCAGUCAGAUUUACUUCAUGACGCUCGGACAGAACUCGCUGUUCAGCUGGUAGCGAGCGGAGCCGGGGACUCUGGGAUGCACCGCUGUGGUCUGUCCUCGCCUGACGUUGCCUUCUGGGAUUUGACUCUCGCUGAUCUUCACAAACGCUGGACUUCCCUGAAGGAUCAAGCUGUCCGUUUCCUGUCAGGAGUUCAUGUCGUACAUGAGUUUGUCAUCCCUUCCGUCUUUGAUCACCAAUACCUUUUUUCAAGCUUUUUUUGUCCGCUUACGGUGUUUUUAGAAGGUAAACGCUGCAGUUCCACACCCAACCUGGACAUUUUUUGGUACAGGAAGCAGUGUGGCUCAGCAGGAAGUCUUCACAGGAGAAAAAUCACACGUUUAUUACUUUUUAAUCUCUCGGUUUCAUAGGUCUAAAGUAUGAUUUCUGAAUGACGUACUGUAGUGCUUACAUCCUUUAUGUUCACUUAGCUGCUCUUUUAUUGCAAUGAUUUCCAUUUCUAGACCAAUAAAAACUUUGCGCUGCUGUCUGUAGGUAUAGAUCUAGACACUGAUGAACCUUCUCUGCCCCACAAAGAGUUCAGUAAUGAUGGAUCAAAGUCCAUUUCCUCCUCCGUCCGUCCAUCCAUGAAGGUCUCAGGCCGACGUGGGCGGCUGGAGCUAAUUCCAGCUGUCGCACCGUCCGCUCUGCAGUCACAGACAUCCUGUUUGUGUCCUUAAGACAAACGGCUUCCUCAUAGGGUUAUGGCGGUCUCAUUUCAGGCUGCUGGCAUUUUGUUUUUGUUUUUUUUUUUACACUGGUGGGCAGUGAUUCAUGAUCAUCCGUCCCUGCUUCGCGUGAAAUCCGCUCUGUGCUGCGUCGUCUUAGGACUUGAUCUCUGUUUUUAGGACCAAGAAAUGUCUUUGGUUUGUUCUAGAAAAAGCUUAACAGAGAGCUUUAACCCUUUUGCUAGGUGAACGUGCCUCUAGGAGGCUCGUUCACCUUGGGAGUGGGGUCAUCUGGACCCCACAAGAUAGCACAAGGGGUAAGUGAGGCACAGAUCUAUAGAAACCAGAUUUUCCCAUCAGUUUUGUACAGUUUUAAAUGUAAAUAUUUGUCUAAGAUGCACUGGUCUGCUUUUUUGUUUUCAAACGACAAGCCAUUUUUAUGGAUCUGUACAGAAUUUAAUGUGAAAUAAUUCCAAAACAACGUUCUUUGUGUGUGUGUGUGUGUGUGUGUGUGUGUGUGUGUGUGUGUGUGUGUGUGUGUGUGUGUGUGUGUGUGUGUUAGUUUGAAUGUUGGUGAUGGAAUGCGACUCCUGUCUGCCAUAGAUUUGGUUUGGUGUAAAUCAAAAGUUUUUGCACAAAUGCUUUCCUGUCGUCGUUGAUGUCAUCAGCUUUUAAAGCCCUGCUGUUGUCUGGAUUAGUUAGACCGGAGCAUAAAUGUUCGUUAAACCUCAGGAUUUACAAAAAAAUUGGACAAAUUCCCAUUGAAUCCUAUUUUAUCAUUUAUGCUACAAACAUCUCAACCAAAGAGGAAUUUUUUUUAUAGUGAAUUUAGUAACAAAUUCAAUUUAUUUGACCGCAGAAUUAACUUUAUCCAAGAGUAAAUAGACAUUUUCUGUAAUAUAUAUUACUUAUUAACAACUAGAAGCCAAUCUUAAUAAUGUUUUUGUUUAUUUUAAAUUGUAUUUUUAUUUGUUUUUCUGUUGGUGAACUCAGUCAUUACUACUGCUUAGUCUGCUUUGCAUGUUUUUCUGUUCACAUCUGAAUUUUUGCGGCUGUGAAAUUCAAACCAAAUGUCGUAUUUUUACUGUUUUGUUUGUUUUUUAUCGACUUCAGAGAAUUGCAGCUGGCUGUGUUACCGUUUUCUAAACUAGAAAAAGAGUUGAAUUAUCGCUACAUUGUUAGCCAGUGUUGUGUUGUUGGUUUUUGUUUGUGUUUGUUUGUUUGUUUACUGGUGUGGGAUGAAUCGCAUUUAUCCCUAAAGUACGGCAAUCGAAGAAGAUCAAAAGUGCAGAAAUGUACAGAACAGAAUUUGAAGAUAACAUUGGAUCGCUGUACAGACGUUACAUGCUAGUUGGCAGAAUUCGGUGGGCUGAGGAAAAGUCUUGGUUACGAAAAUCUAUGAUGUCAUAAACUGACAUCAUAGAUGACUCGUCAACUGGAAAUGUCAUCCAUCACUCUAAUGUUUAUGUGCAAAAAUAACAUUUUAAAAAAUGAAAUAUAACACGUGAGUGUUGGCGGGAAAAACUGUUAACCCAGCAAACAAAUAAAAUGUGUAAAGCCUUAACUAACAUAUAUUAGAUGAAGUUCAAAUUAAUUUUAGUUUAAGAUAACGGCACCUAAAAAAUGAGUCUCAAUGUUUUAUCAGCAUUAACUUUUGCAGUUCUUUCUGAGGUUCUUUGAAUCAAAGAAAGUGACUGUUAACACAAUCUAUGACAACUAUAGCCAUGUUCAAAUCACUACUUUCAAAUGUCAAAUCCUUCAAACGCAAUGCAUUCUGGGCAAUAUUAUAUAGAGAAAUCAACCGGCACACCGAGACCCGGACUUAGAUCCCGCGUCAAGGCUUUUGCCCGAAGAGCCACACUGGAUGAAGCUCCCCCUGGGAAUCGAACCUUGAUUUUUCAUGUGCGCACCCUGCACUCAACCGACUGAGCCGUCCAGCCGCAAACAUUCUGGAUUUUCAUUUACAAAAACCCCCAAAAAUACAGCAGAUGUAACGUAUUCGGACACACAGAAGAACAGCAUAGAGCAAAUUCAGCAAAAAACAUCAUUUGUCCCAAACAUUUUCCUAAUGAAGUUUUAUUCAAUACUAGAUAUUAAAAUUCAACAACAAUAUUUCUGUUGGGAAACAUGAAUUCUGGGUUAGCUUUGGUUUUCUAAAUAGAAAGAGUCUGUUCUUCUUGGUCGGGUUCCUGAGCAAGAACCGGACCAGCACGGAGUCCAGACUAGACCAGAUCCAGAACCAGAUGCAGAUCCGGAUCCCUUUGAUUCUAGUUUGAUUGUCUCCUUCCCCUUAGAAAGGCAACUGUGUACUAAACUGGAAGGAAAACGGCUUCAAGUGUUUCAUUUAAUUACUAUUUUCUAUAAUUAGUUGUUUAUUUCCAAUGUAUCAGUUUUGCUUUAUAUCUGAACAGUUGAAAUAAUUAUUAGUAUUUUAUUUUACUAAUUCAAAUUCAAAAGGAGAAAUAUAAAGACCUGCUUUCCUUUCCAUUUGUCGACUGAUUUAGUCAUGAGAACUUGCUAAAUCAAUUGAUUUUUAUGCCGCUGUAUUCGGUCGUUAAACGACGCAGAAUUGACUCUCUUCUUCCAGAUGUUGAUCAGUUUUUAUUUUCCUCCAAAACCAUCCUUGUCACAUCUUUUUGGUUUAUUGAACGGACGUUCCCUCUCCUGCCCGCUGCCGAGCGUUUCCCUGCAGCUCUGCUGCUAAUGAGGCGAGGAGGAUGCUGUUCCUCCCACACCGUCUGCUGCUGCAGAUCACUUCUUUCUCCUGAUUUUCUUUGUGUUAUCGUCUCUAUGUUUCCACGGGAUCGGGUUGUUGGAAGUUUGCCUUUAAAAAAAAGCUCUGUGAUGACGAGUGUGAAGGAUGUGGAGAAAGUUCAGAGUCUGAUGGAGAUGAGAAGAGUUGGAGUCAAAGAGGGAGCAGGAAUGUCCAAUGUGAGAAGAAGUCAGUGUUUUAACAAUCCCACUAAUAAUCUGAAAUAUGUAAUCCCUCAUUUUUAGGCCGGCGGGUAGAUAUCCUAAAAGUUUUGACCAGUUCCAUGUUUGUUACGGUGAAUUAUUCUAACUCUGCCAAAAAGGAGAAGAACAAUGUUUAAUGAAGUAUAUUCCAUGUAAAGGAUAUUAUUUAUUUUUCCACUUGUACCAGUUAUCGUGAUUCUUCUUUUGCACUGAAUGUUUGUCAGAUUUAUGAUGUUCUGUAUAAAAAAAAAUAAAAAAAAAAA